GCGCGGGGCGUGGCGGCGCUGCACGCUCCACUUGGAGUUGCUGUGAUCCAAAGGAACCGCGAAUUUCAAUUCGGGCACAUUUGCUCUGAUACCUCACCAGCCUUCCCUGAAGCAAAGCUGUCGUUCCCGGAAAUAGGGGUCAUGGCUGAUCAAAGCCAGGAGAUUGGUGGCAUUCAUUUCCCUUUUCCCUUCACACCAUAUUCCAUCCAGAAGGACUUCAUGGCAGAGCUAUACCAGGUGUUGGAGGCUGGCAAGAUUGGGAUAUUUGAGAGUCCAACCGGCACAGGAAAAUCCUUAAGUCUUAUCUGUGGGGCUCUUUCCUGGCUCCGUGACUUUGAACAGAAGAAACGUGGAGAAGAGGCACGUCUUCUUGAAUCUGAAACUGCCCCCUUAAAUGAUGAGAAGGACGAGCAGUCAUUUAUUUCAUCCUCCAGCCAAGAGACCCCAGACACCCUGAGGCCUGCUGGAGAACCCGACUGGGUUACGCAGUUUGUGCAGAAGAAAGAGAAAAGGGACCUGGUGGAUCGACUGAAGAAGGAGCAGAUCAGGAGAAAGAAGCGAGAAGAACGUCUACUGCAGCUCCGUCACAACACACAGCUCAAGUAUGCAGCCAAACGUGAGAGACUGGAGGAAGAAGAGACCGAGCAUCUUCUCCGCCUCAGCAAGGACAUACUGGCAGCAGGAACAGGGGCGGAGCCGCCAGAGCAGCUAGCAUCUGGGGAGGAGGAGCUGGUCCUCUCUGAGUACGAGAGUGACGAGGAGAAAGGAACAGCUAAUGGAUUAGAGGAGGAUGAGGAUGACCUGGAGGAAGAACAUAUAACUAAGGUAAGAUGCCAUGUCCUGGGCCUUCUGCUGUGA